AUGGAAGGAGAAGCUAAACAAGUUGUGUGCGAUUGUGGAAUUCCAUGCCGUCUGCAGAUUUCCUCUACUGAACGAAAUCCAGGACGGAGAUUUUACAGCUGUUAUAAGAGAAAUAAUCAAUGCGAUUUUUUUGCCUGGGUAGAUAACGACAUGGCCUAUCAGAUGACGGUGGUCAGGAAGUUGAAAAGUGAUCUUAACGCCAUGACUGAAGAACGCAAUGCCGCUCUACUGGAACUAGUUAAUGCCCAUACUCAUGUGGCAGCUAAAACUGACGAACUGCAGGAACUUAAUGAGGCCUUCGAGGGAUUGAAGGAGUCUCAUGAGAUGUACCACGAAGAAAAUAUGAUUAUGAUGCAGGAAAGUGGUCUGCAACUUAUGGAGAUAGAGACUCUGAAGGACCACAUCAAGCUGAUGGAAGUCAAGUGCUCAGACAUGGAGAGGAAAAACAAGAUCAUGAAGCUUGGUUUUUUUGUGGCUUUUGCAGUUGCCGGUUGCAGUUUAGCCGUUGCUUGCUUCAAGAAAAAUUGA